AUGUCCAAUACUGGCCGAUGGCUUGGUCCCCCAUUUUUCUGCGAUUUUUUGUCUCCCCCCCCCCCAUUGCCCCCCACAUUUGCCACUACUAACCACAGACAACAGGUGACCAUCCCCAAGCGACGAGUCAGAGCCAAGACCACCAACAAGCCCUACAAGAAGGGCAUGGGCUACGGUUUUGCUCAAUUCACCUCCACCGAGGACGCGAGCAAGGCUCUUGCCGAGCUCACGGACGCUACCUGGAACGACCGAAAGCUCACCGUUAGUUUCGCCAAACCCAACCAGAUUAAGAACGACGGCGAGGAUGGUGAGGAGGAGGCCUCUGCCGCUGAUGGUGAGACCGCUGCCCCUCCCAAGAAGAGCAAGCGAAACCGAAGAUCAAAGAAGGAGAACUCUGCCGAAUCUGGCGAUGCCACUUCCAACGGAACUUCGGCUGCCGGCACUGAGGCUUCCGAGACCAAGGAAAGCAAGCCCCGGGGCCGACGACCUCCUCUUCCUCUUAACGAAGAGUCUCCCACUACUGAUACCGUCUUCGUUGCUGGUAUCCCCCGAACGGCUACUGUUGCUGACAUCAAGGAGUUCUUUGCUGCCGAGGAGCCCGUGUCUGUGAAAAUCAGCCAGCAGAAUGUCUUCAACCGAAAGGAUAAGACCCGAGAGCGAGUCAACCGAGGUUUUGCUCUAGUCAAGUUUGCCGACGAAGCAACACGAGAUGCCGUCAUCAAGAAGUACCACGAGCAAGAGUGGGAUGGCCGAGUGAUCCACUUGCGAGUCGCCCUUGAUGUUCUCCAGACUGAGGGUGAGACCGACACCAACCAGGAGCCCAAGGAAGACCCCAAGGAAGAGCCCAAGGAGGAGCCCAAGGAGGAGCCCAAGGAGGAGCCCAAGGAGGAGCCCAAGGAGGAGCCCAAGGAGGAGGUCAAGGAGGAGCCUAAGGAGGAUGCUGGAACCGAGGCUCCCACCACCACCGAGGACUCGACCCCCAAGGAUGAGUAA